AUGAUGAACAGCAGCAUGAGCUCAGGGUCUGGGUCCCUGCGCACCAGCGAGAAACGCUCGCUCUACGUCAGGGCCCUGUUCGACUAUGACCGGACGAGGGACAGCUGCUUGCCAAGCCAGGGCUUGAGCUUUUCAUACGGUGAUAUCCUCCACGUCAUAAAUGCCUCUGAUGAUGAGUGGUGGCAGGCGAGGCUGGUCACACCACAUGGAGAGAGUGAGCAGAUUGGAGUCAUUCCCAGUAAAAAAAGAGUAGAGAAGAAGGAGCGGGCUAGGUUAAAAACUGUCAAGUUUCACGCCAGGACGGGCAUGAUAGAGUCGAACAGGCCUGUCAAAGUAAAGCGUAAAAAAAGCUUCAACCUCUCACGCAAGUUCCCAUUUUACAAGAGCAAGGAGAACAUUGUGCAGGAGAUGGUGGAUUCUGACCAAUGCCUGACCUCAAACACAAGUGACAGUGAAAGCAGUUCGAAGGGCCAGGAGGAUACCAUUCUUUCUUAUGAACCUGUGAUUCGACAGGAAAUACACUACACGAGACCUGUGAUCAUUUUGGGGCCAAUGAAGGACAGAGUAAAUGAUGACCUCAUCUCAGAGUUUCCUCACAAGUUUGGCUCUUGUGUACCUCACACGACUCGUCCAAGAAGGGAGAACGAGAUGGAUGGGCAGGACUAUCACUUUGUGCCCUCAAGGGAGCAGAUGGAGAAGGAUAUUCAGGACAAUAAAUUUAUUGAGGCAGGACAAUUCAAUGAAAAUCUUUAUGGAACAAGCAUCUUGUCUGUCAGAACUGUGGCUGAGAGGGGGAAACAUUGCAUUUUGGAUGUUUCUGGAAAUGCUAUUAAACGACUGCAACAAGCACAACUCUAUCCAAUUGCCAUCUUUAUUAAACCAAAAUCCAUUGAAGCUCUAAUGGAAAUGAAUAAAAGGCAGACAUAUGAACAGGCCAAUAAAGUCUUUGACAAGGCUGUGAAGUUAGAGCAAGACUUCGGAGAGUUUUUCACAGCUAUUGUACAGGGCGAUUCACUAGAGGAAAUCUACAACAAAAUCAAGCUAAUCAUUGAGGAGCAGUCUGGCCCCUACAUCUGGAUUCCGUCCUCAGAAAAGCUCUGA